AUGUUAGACAACGAUCAAUUGAAAAAGAUUAGUGGCAAAUUCGACAAACUUAUCACCAAUGUCACCAAGAGUUCAGGUAGAAAACAACCCAAGGUCCCGGGUGUAGUGGUUGGACUCACUAAUGAAAAAUCGACAGUUUAUUAUGACUUCAAAGGUGUAUUAGAUUUAAAGACUAAAGAACCAGUAACUAAAGAUACAGUAUUUUGCUAUUAUUCUUGUACCAAAGCAAUUACUGCCCUAGGUUUAUUGACCUUAGUAGAUCAAGGAAAGGUCAAUUUUGACGAUGAAGUUCGUAAAUUCUUACCUGAUAUCGAAAAGAUCUGGAUAGUUGACAAAGGUACGGUGGAUGAGAAAACAGGUGAAUUUUUGAAACCUCCAAGAGAACCCAAAACUAAGGUUACAAUCAAACAUUUGUUGACUCAAACAGCUGGAUUCUCAUACCCCUUUUUGAAUCAAGAGUAUGGGUAUUUAGCAUUUAAAAAGAACCCCAAUUUACAUUCAGGAAACCCCACAAAAGAGUUAUUUUCCAUCGAUAAAAUGCCUUUGAUAAGCGAACCGGGAGCUAGGUUCACUUAUGGCCAUAGUAUUGACUGGGUGGGUUUAGUGAUUGAAAACAUUACUGGUGAAAAGUUGGGUGAAUAUUUGAAAAGAGCUGUAUUUGACAAGAUUGGUAUGAAGUCUUGUACCUUUCAUAUGAAAACCACAGAAAAUUUGAUUAUCGUUCAGAGAAGAACCCGUAGUGGAGAAUUGGUAAACUAUUCCAAAUCAUUAAUUUUGGAUCCUAAAAUCGAUAUGGGAGGUCAAGGAUGUUUUGGAACAGUGGAGGAUUAUUUAAAAUUCAUUAGAAUGUGGUUGAAUUAUGGAUUUUCUCCUGAUUCUCAAGUUCAAAUUGUGAAUUCUGAUUUGGCUAAAUAUGCUUUGAAGAAUCAUUUACCUGAUGGAAUGACAGUUACUUUGGAUAUCCCCGGGUUGCCUGAUCUUCCUGACGGAUUUUCAUUCUGCGGAAUGGCAGUAACAGGAGAAGAUAUUGCCACGGGAAGACCCAAAGGAACUCUUUAUUGGAGUGGAUUAGCUAAUUUAUACUACUGGAUUGACUUUGACAAUCAAAUUGGUGGGUUUUGGGGAUCCCAAGUGUUACCAAUGGCUGAUCCACAAUCUUUAUUGGGAUAUUUUAGAAUGGAACUGGCGGUUUACGACGUCAUCAACGGUGAGGAUGACAACGACGACGAAGACGAAGAUGACGAAGACGAAGACGAUAAUGAUCAAAGCUCUAAAUUAUGA